UUCACGGUCCUAAGAUCUUGCCCAAGAUCUUCCUUGUUUGCGCGAUUUUUCCACCUGAGUCAGUGAUGUAAACAGACCAGAAGUUGGAAAAUAAAGGGAUGCUUGUGUGGCUGUCUUUUGGAUAAAAGACCUCUGUCUUUUCGCUCAUUAUGCGGCGGAGACUUAGCGCCGCUGAGGUCGCUCGCGGGUCGAAGGACUGUGAAGCUGGACAUCAGCUGUGGAUCAAACGUUAGCAAGCUAGCUUUGGUGACACGGCUUUUCCACGCACCGCGCAGACAUGGCUACCAGUGGUUCCAGUUUAACCACAGGGAUGGCGGAGAUCAUCCAGCUAAAUGUCGGCGGGACACGGUUCAGCACCUCCAGACAGACUCUGACUUGGAUCCCAGACUCAUUCUUCUCAAGUUUGCUAAGUGGAAGGAUAUCUACUCUUCGGGAUGAAACUGGAGCUAUAUUUAUUGACAGAGACCCUACAGCGUUUGCACCAAUUUUGAAUUUCCUCCGAACCAAAGAACUGGACUUGCGUGGUGUGAACAUCAGCAUUCUACGACAUGAAGCAGAAUUUUAUGGAAUAACUCCUUUAGUGCGUCGCCUACUGCUAUGUGAGGAACUGGACCGCUCAUCAUGUGGUAGUGUUCUCUUCCAUGGUUACCUCCCACCUCCAGCAAUCCCUGCCCGUAAGUCGAGCUCCUCCUCAGCGGCCUGUGGCUCCGCCUGUGAUGAGCGACCAGGUCCAAUUGGAGCAGAAGGGUUCACCCGCACUGGUCCCCCACCUCACCCUUCUCUCAUGGGCUCCCCUGGGACAGAAGACAGUCACAAACUGAGUCCUGUGGUUGACCCAAGGAAGGUGCUGAUUGUAGCGGGACACCACAACUGGAUUGUUGCGGCAUAUGCACACUUUGUCAUCUGCUACAGGAUAAAAGAAUCUUCUGGGUGGCAGCAGGUGUUUUCCUCUCCUUACCUUGACUGGACCAUUGAACGCAUUGCGCUGAAUGCCAAGGUGGUGGGUGGGCCGCAUGGAGACAAGGACAAGAUGGUGGCUGCUGCCUCUGAGAGCAGUAUUAUACUCUGGAGCAUCCAAGAUGGAGGCAGCGGCAAUGAGAUAGGUGUAUUCAGUCUGGGCGUACCUGUGGAUGAUUUGUUCUUCAUAGGUAAUCAGCUGGUUGCUACGAGCCACACAGGCAAGGUGGGAGUGUGGAAUGCUGUCACGCAGCACUGGCAGGUCCAAGAUGUGGUUCCCAUUACCAGUUGUGACACAGCAGGAUCCUUUCUACUUCUGGGCUGCAACAACGGCUCAAUCUACUACAUAGACAUGCAAAAGUUUCCACUGAGGAUGAAAGAUAACGACCUCCUGGUGACAGAGCUGUACCACGACCCUUCAAACGAUGCCAUCACUGCACUUUCUGUCUACCUCACACCUAAAACAAGCGUGAGUGGGAACUGGAUAGAAAUAGCUUAUGGAACUAGCAGUGGUGCUGUAAGAGUGAUUGUUCAACACCCGGAGACGGUAGGAUCGGGUCCCCAGCUCUUCCAGACUUUCACAGUGCACAGGAGUCCUGUGACAAAGAUUAUGCUGUCUGAGAAACAUCUGGUAUCAGUGUGUGCAGACAACAACCAUGUUCGUACGUGGACAGUAACACGCUUUAGAGGAAUGAUCUCCACCCAGCCAGGCUCCACUCCUCUGGCCUCCUUCAAAAUACUGUCCCUGGAGGAGACAGAGAGCCACGGGAGCUACUGCUCUGGGAACGAUAUCGGCCCUUUUGGAGAAAGAGAUGAUCAGCAGGUUUUCAUCCAGAAGGUCAUCCCCAUCACCAACAAGCUGUUUGUGCGGCUCUCAUCUACUGGAAAGAGGAUCUGUGAGGUGCAGUCGGUGGACGGGACAACCAUUUCGUGCUUCAUGGUACGUGAAUGUGAGGGCUCCAGCCGGAUGGGAUCACGACCUCGACGCUACCUGUUCACUGGUCACGGCAACGGCAGCAUCCAAAUGUGGGAUCUGACCACUGCAAUGGAUAUUGCUAACAAAGGAGAGGAGAGGAAGAAAGAGGAUGUAGGGGGGCCCACAGAGGAGGAGCUGCUGAAGCUGUUGGACCAGUGCGACCUCAGCACCUCACGCUGUGCAACACCAAACAUUAGCCCCGCCCCCUCUGUACUCCAUCACACACGCCUCCGAGAGUCUUGUUCUAGCCUCCAGUUACAGGCUCAGGAGCCUGUUCUUGAGAACCAGCCAACCUAUGGAGCUGUGCGGCCAUACAGAGAGAGCCCCCUGCUGGCCCGUGCUCGACGAACCGAAUCCUUCCACAGCUACCGAGACUUUCAGAGCUUUAACCUGACACGAUGUUCCCUCGAAAACGCAGAGGAGACGUGUGUCCAAGGCCCCACUGUGACCUCCAGUAUCCGCCAUUCACUCUGUGACUUUGGCCCUGAGGACAGCAAAAGGAGAGCCUCGGCCGUGGAGCUCUGGGUUUGCCGAACCCCUGCUACAAGCUAUAGCGCUAAUGUCAGCGCAGCGAAAACGUCUGGUCAAGAAUCUCACCGGCAGCUUCCUGACACCCUGAUUGCUGGAGGUGACGUUCGGCGAAAAGUGCACCCGCAGCCAGAAGACGGAGAGGGUGUGGGCUCUGGAGGAGAAGGAGUGAAGGCAGAGGGAAGUGUGAGGAAGAGGGGGGUACUUGAAGGAGGCUUUCUGGGGAGGAAGAAGGCUCCUCCUGUGCCCCAGCUCUCCUCCCUCCCCUCCACGUCUACUGGCUCUGAAGGGGGAGGCAGCGAUUCCUCUGCCACUGCCUCCCCCUCCCCAACCAAAGUGUCUUCCUCCACCUCCCCACGACACAGGAAGCUGGCCCCUGAGCCCAAUCAGGACAGCAGCCUGUGACGGGGCAGAAACAUCACCCUGUCAUUUCCUCUGGCUCAGCAGAAAUAUCUACACUUCUUGUAGGUGCAUCUUGAUGUCCGAAGCUGAAUGUCACUGCAGAGGAGGGAUGAAAGCUCACACUCCGGUUCCCCCUCAACCCGGUUUGAAAAAGUGGAAAAAACAGCAGAAGCAUCAGUUUCUUUGGGAUCCAACAACUGAACAGCAACAGCACUCCAGACAAACUGGCUCUCAUUCAGUCCACUUCCUGCCCUGAAUUUUUUUUUUAAUUUAAACAAUACAUUAAUUUAAUGUAGAGCUACUGAAGUUUUGACAAAACAAGCAGCUAACACACUAACAGCAUGGCAUCUCGACUUGGGGGGAAUACUUGUUUAUACGUGUUUAUAUGGAUCUAUAUAAAUGUGCUAGGGGGCACUUUAGCUCCCAUUAGCUCAGCUUAUGUUUGGAGAUUUUUGUUUUUGUUGUUGUUAGAUGGAUUUAGGAGACUGGUGACCAGCCAGGAAGGUUCACUUUUAGUGCCGAGUUUAAAACAGGUGCAGAAAAGCUGCAGUAUUUUUGCUUUAGGUGUUGAUGGUUAAUUUUCAGUUUAAUGAGAAGGUGUGCUGUGGCACAGAUGUCGCUGCCCUUUUCUCUGGAAGCUGCAUAUGUACCUGCAGAUACAUUCAUUACCUUAUCAAGGUUCACUGUAAUAGGUUUUGCAAACCAACUGUGGAUUAUUUUUAGUAGGAGUCUCAAACAGUUUGAAGAUGACAGGUGAUCACUACACACCCCAUUCUACUGGCGAAUGGAUUUGGCACUUUUAUUCAGGCAGAACCUUUGACACUUUUAGGUCAACUGUGAAAAAAUGGAUUUUCACUUUAACUCCUUCCUGACUCCUUAAGUUUAUCAGCCGCUUAAAUGCAGAUUUGAAAUUUACCUUCUCUCAGACACCAUACCCGCAGCUGAUACGGUAGCAAACGGACGGUAUAAAGUAGUUCCAGUAGCCAUCAGGCCUCUGGAUUUGUUUUACUGUGCAAUUUCCACACAAAAGCUUCAGGGUUAGUGAAUGUUAGCCUGUAAUAAGCAGGUAUGUGACUUCUUUCACUACAGAUGUACAAUGAAAAAUAAACACUCAACCAUGUAAAACAUUCCAACUGGAAUUUAAAAAUCAUACAUUAUUAGCAGGCAGCAGGAGGGCAGGUUCACGUCUGCUGGGGACUUUGAUCUAAUUCAUCAUUACUUGAAGGCAUUGAUUCAAUGCAUGAUAAUAUUAGUCUGCGUUAGGAAGAAAAUCUGAUUUCUAACACUUUGUAAUGUAGAGAUGAUCUUUUCCUUUAUGCCUAAAUAUAGAAAUUAUUCAGUGGAUUCUGUUGCUAAUCGGAAACAAAAAGCUCAAAUGUGCCAACAAAAAUUAAAACCUAUAUUAAUUGCAGUUGAUCCUAUUCAAAGCAUUGUUUCACAGUGGUGCCUGGAAAACACCAUGCUAAGUUGUUUUGUUUUUUUUCUUUUUCCUCCCCUCCGUAUAACACGCACACCUCAUCAUGUGUACCUACACUAGAUCACUUUUAAUAUAACAGAUUUUAUGGUCUUGUUUUGGAAGACUGUUGGCAGUGCCUUAUUUAACUUAGUUGACGUUAUCAGUUCAGCUGUGGUUUGGUUUUACUGAAAAAUCUUCUGACCAAAAGGCUUGUGAAGGUGGUGCCACAAACCUGGAGUGUGCACUUCGGAUUUGGAUGGCAGUGCUGUACUUAUCCUAGACAUACACACAGGCUAACACAGACGUCGUGACUGUGUGACAGGUUACUGAUGAGUGAUAUCGAUUGUAAAUAAUCCUGCAGUCGGAAAGUCCAUCAAAAAGUCAAAAUGUAAAAAUUUGCUGCUGUUGCUCAUGUGUUAGCCGAGUGAGGUGACAGUGCUUAAAAAAAAGGUGCAGUAUAAAGGCUGAUAACAUUCAGCAGGAUUAGAUUAUGCAACAGCAACCCUGAUUGGCUGCCAUCGUCGACCUGCUUCUUCACUUAACAGUCUUGGUUUAAUGUCCAGUAUUUAUGAUUCCGUAUCUGAAAAGAAGUGAGGCAAACACUUCAGUCAAGAAAAAAAAAAUAAAUAAACAUGACACACUGUAAAACAGGUGGUGUUUUGGAAUAUUAAUUUUCCAAAUCUAGCAGUAAGUCGAUGUUAGUACUGCAUACGGCUGUGUGGUCACUGUGUAAAAAUGUAAAUUUUCAUAUACUAACCAUGAAAAGUCAGACAUUAACCUAAAGUGGAUGCACUGAUGUGUUUGAUGCUAAUAUUUAAUAUGUUAAUAUUAUACUAUUGUUCUCCAUAUUGCUGAUAAUAUCUGGCCUAUAUUGAUAUUACCAUAUUAUUGGACCUAACUGCGUUUACACUUGCACUAUUAAGGCUCAUAGUAUUUUUCAGUACCUGUGAGCAUUACAUGAAGCAUAUUUGGGGAUGUUACCGUCUGUCUGCAGUUCCUCUUUGGCUCUGUUUACAUUAGAUUUCAGCCAGAUGCUUGUGAGCUAAAAGGAAAAUAUAUCUGUACAGUGCUGUUAUUUUGUGUAAGAAAUUUUGAAUUGUUGUAAUAUUUAAUAUUUCUUACAAACCCACAAAGAAAUGUCUCCAUUCAGAGUCAGUGUUGUUGAAAUUUAAAGUAUAAAUGUAUUCACUAAA